UGCAACUUCAGCACAGGAUACGAACUAUUAGUGUUUAUACGCGAUCACGAUGGCCGCCGAAAUUAUUAAUAUCAGCGACAUUGACUUCAUCCAAACUCCCGCCGCCAAGCCCUCGCGGUUUAAACCUGAGGAUUGUGGAGUGCCCUUGACAAAUUCCGCAGCCAUUCACAAUGGCCCUCUCCCAGCGGACGGUCCGGGUAAUGAGAGCUUCUCUAACACCCUCUUAAUAGGGGCGCUCGUUGGAGUCCCCAGUUUCAUGACUUAUGUACUCGGUGGAGGAGUAAAGACGGCAAUCGCCCUUGCGCUGGUGACGGCUCUGCCAAUUUUGGUGGCUUUCUGGACCUGGGCCUCGUCCUGUAGCCCGCGCACCAACGAAAAGGUCAAAAUGCCGGGUCGGCCAAUUGAAGAAUACGUGUCCUUCAAAAACCAAGCGGACCGGACGAAAUGGCAAGGUCGGAACCGCGUUCCCAUGCAAACAUUCUGCGAAAUGUACCUCGACGGCCAGGUCGAUUUCAACGGAGAUUGCCUCGAAAUUAUGGAAUACCGCCAUGAUUGGGCCAGUUUCCGCUUCACCUGGCAGCUCUUCAAGUUUAUCGUCUUUACUUUCUUUCGGGACAUCCUGUUCCACACCAAAUCCCAAGAUGAAGACCAAAUCCGUCCCAAUUACGACCGCGGAAACGAUCACUACGCUUGGUUCCUUGGUCCCCGCAUGAUCUACACCUCCGGUAUCAUCUCGGACACCGAGAGGGAAGAAACCCUAGAAGAAAUGCAGGACAACAAGAUGGCGAUUGUCUGCGAGAAGCUCAACCUCAAGAAAGACGAGACCCUCCUCGACAUCGGCUGCGGCUGGGGUACGCUGGCGAAAUUCGCGAGUCUGAACUACGGAGCCAAGGUCACCGGUCUUACUAUCGCGCGGCACCAAACGGCCUGGGGCAAUGACGCCCUCCGCCAGGCUGGUGUCCCGGAGUCGCAGAGUCGCAUUCUGUGUAUGGAUUACCGGGACAUUCCCCGGAUGCGGUACGAUAAGAUCACGCAGCUGGAGAUGGGCGAGCAUGUUGGCAUUCGCAAACUCACAACCUUCUUCCGUCAGUGCUAUGACAUGCUUAACGAUGAUGGUUCUAUGUAUGUGCAGCUCUCUGGACUGCGACAGGCCUGGCAAUAUGAGGACUUUGUCUGGGGUCUGUACCUGAACAAGUAUAUUUUCCGGGGCGCGGAUGCAUCCACCCCUCUUUGGUAUUAUGUGAAAUGCUUAGAACAAGCAGGAUUUGAGAUCAAGAGUAUUGAUACCGUCGGCGUCCACUACUCCGGAACGCUCUGGAGAUGGUAUCGGAAUUGGCUCGGCAACGCGGACACAAUUAAGGCCAAGUACGGUCAACGGUGGUAUCGAAUUUGGGAGCUGUUCCUGGCUUGGUCCGUCAUCGCUUCUCGCCAAGGUAGCGCCACUUGUUUCCAGUUCCUUGUCGUCAAGAAUCUGAAUUCAACCCAUCGUAUCAACGGUGUUCCGUCUCAGUAUGGCCUCUCUGGUGCUCUCAAUGAGAGUAGAAAAGCUGGCAAGUCAAGGCUGCCAUAGGGUGGUUAGAGUCGACAUUGGCCCACUCCAGAGGGCAAAAAUAGAAAGAGCGGACUAUCCUCCCAAGUCACAUUAGAGCCUAGCACGUUGCAGUCGUAUGAUAAUGGGGAAUGGACAUAUACUCAGUCGGAUACCACAGGAAUAGGGCCUGGAGGGUAUGUUUCUGUUGGCUUGAUGAGUAAGGUCACAAAAGCUGACAUGGGUGGAAUUAUGUAUAAAAGUUUCAUCUAUUUUAUAUAUCAGAGCUACACUAGAUAGCAAUGAUAGCCCCGAACAU